AUGUGGGAUCGGGAUCGACGAGGUCUGCUUUGCAGACCCGCCCACCGGUAUGAAAAUGUUGAGCUGGAACUAUCGGUGGCUUGGGAUCCCCCGGACAGUGAGGGAACUUUGCCGUUUGUAGACAGCAAAGGGAGAAGUGGCGGUCUUGCAUUGUUCUGGCAAAACGAAGCGGAAUUGGAGAUUCAGAAUUAUAGUAGGAGACACAUCAAUGCCACAAUCCCUCUUGGUGAUGGAGGAAAAUGGAAACUUACAUGUUUCUAUGGACAUCCAGAAACCAGUAAGAGAGAAGAGGCAUGGAGUUUGCUACGGUAUUUGGCUACUUUGGGACCUGAAAUGUGGGCUUGCAUGGGGGACUUCAACGAAAUCCUAGAGUCAUCUGAGAAGUGUGGAGGAGGUGGAAGACCUCGGGGGACAAAUGGAGGCUUUUCAGAAGGUGUUGCGGCACGAGUGACAGUGGAGCGUUCUACCCGAUCUGACCGCAACCCCAUUCUGCUUUGUCUCCAAAAAAUGCCAACAGGGAGUUACAAGAAGAAACGUAGAUUCAUGUAUGAGGCGACAUGGGCAAAAGAGAAGACCUGCUCAAAGUUGAUAAAAAAGGAGGAAUUGAGGUGGCGUCAGAGGGCCAAGGUGGACUGGAUAAAACACGGAGACAGGAACACAAAGUUUUUUCAUGCUAUUGCAAAUCAAAGGCAUCAGAGAAACCAAGUGGUCCACAUUUGUGAUGAGAGAGGAAUCAUCUGUGAUACCCAGGAGAGCACUGAAAAAGCUUUUUGGGAUUUUUACAGUAAACUUUUCACUACGGAAGGUACAAAAGGGGUUAAACAGUGUUUAAGGGCCACUCAAAGACGGGUCACAGACGACAUGAAUAGUAGCUUGUUAGCUGAAUUCACAGGAGAAGAAGUAAGCAGGGCAGUGAACCUAAUGGCACCCUUAAUGGCUCUUGGGCUUGAUGGUUUUACAAUAUGUUUUUAUCAGGAUAAUUGGACCACUGUAGGAGUUGAGGUGUGCAACUCUGUUCUACCUUUUUUAAAUUCUGGAAUAAUAGAUGCUGAUUUGAAUUAUACUUAUAUUGCCUUAAUUCCUAAAACAAAAAAUCCCACUAGUGUAACUGAAUUCCGCCCCAUCAGUUUAUACAAUGUUUUGUACAAAAUUGUGUCGAAAGUGUUGACAAAUCGAUUGAAGGGUAUACUCCCAGAGAUCAUUUCCAUUACACAGAGUGCUUUCAUACCAGGCCGUUUAAUAACGGAUAAUAUUUUGGCUGCAUAUGAAACACUCCAUUCGAUGCAUACACAAAUGUGGGGGAAGGAAGGUUUCAUGGUUGUUAAACUUGACAUGAGUAAAGCCUAUGAUCGGGUGGAAUUGAAUUUUUUGGAGAAAGUGAUGAGGAGAUUGGGGUUUGCAGACCGUUGGACAAAUCUCAUUAUGGCGUGUGUUCGAUCAAUAAACUAUUCCAUCCUAGUGAAUGGUUGCCCCUCGGGUCGGAUAUAUCCCACACGAGGUAUUAGACAAGGGGACUCUUUAUCCCCUUAUCUAUUUAUCUUGUGUGCGGAAGCCCUGAGCUCACUCCUAACCAGGGCGGAUCAAAAAGGAUUCUUAAGGGGUGUUCCUACCUCUAAGAAAGGUCCCCGGCUCAACCACUUAUUUUUUGCGGAUGAUAGUUUGUUAUUUUGCAGGACAAAUGUUACUAAUUGGAGGCAAUUAACAAAGCUGCUUGAAAAGUAUGAAAAAGCAUCGGGACAGAAGCUUAAUAGAGCCAAGACCUCAAUUUUCUUUAGUAAAAAUACUUCGGCGGCAAAUAAGCAACAAAUUGUGGAGGCUUUUGGAAUCCCUACCUCUCAAAGGUACGAUUCUUACUUGGGGCUCUCAGCCCUUGUGGGGAGAUCACGAACACAAGCUUUCCAAGGGAUCAAGGACCGGAUUUGGAAGCGAUUGCAAGAUUGGAAGGUAAAACUCCUAUCACAGGCCGGCAAAGAAAUUCUUUUAAAAGCGGUAAUUCAAGCUAUUCCUACGUAUAGUAUGAAUGUCUUUCUAUUGCCUAAAUGUCUGUGUAUGGAGAUUAAUUCAAUGAUGCAAAGAUUUUGGUGGGGGCAUCAAGCAAAUGACAAGAAGAUACACUGGAUGAGUUGGGAUCGCAUGAGUCGCUCUAAGGCAAGUGGAGGUUUGGGUUUCCGAGAUUUGGUGUGCUUCAACAGAGCUCUAUUGGCCAAACAAGGGUGGAGACUCUGGUCUACCCCGGAUAGUUUGACGGCAAAAAUCAUGAAGGCAAAGUAUUUUCCUAAUGGGACCUAUUUAGAAGCCUCUUUGGGGUCCAAGCCUUCAUAUGCACGGAGGAGCAUCCACAGUGCUCGGGUUCUGGUGAAAGAAGGCUUAACUUGGAGGAUUGGGAGUGGUACUCAAGUAAGGAUCUGGGGGGAUAAAUGGAUCCCCAGACCCCACACGUUUCAGAUUCAAUUCCCACCAAAGAUGCUCCCUGCAUCGGCUACUGUAAGUGAAUUGAUUGAUAGGGAUUUACGAUGGUGGAACUGUCCAUUAAUUAAUUCGAUUUUCAAUUCUGAGGAGGCCCGUAUGAUUAUGUCCCUACCACUUAGCCUCACAAACCAGCCAGAUUGUCAAAUCUGGAGGGGAUCAGCUAAUGGGGAGUUUACGGUGAAAAGUGCAUAUCAUAUGGUGAAAGAACAAGAGGCCAUUAUUAAAGCCGAAAGCUCAGCCCGGGCUGGCACCAAUGAGCUCUGGAAAGUGCUUUGGAAUCUGCCCCUGCCGAAUAUAGAAAAAGUCUUCAUGUGGCAAGCAUGCAAUAAUCUGCUUCCAACAAAAGACAAUCUCCUCAGGCGCAAGGUUAGCAAUGACCCUUACUGCCCUAUGUAUGAGAAUGAAGCCGAAACCACUGGCCAUAUCCUAUGUUCUGGAGGACGAGGAGGAGUUUCAACGGGUGAUGGGGACAGAUAUUACAGAAAUUCCCCAUGCAGAGGUAGAACCAAUGAAGAGAUGGAAGCGCCACCACAGGGAUUCCUGAAAACCAAUUGGGAUGCUGCUUUGGACUUGAAGAAAGGCACGAUCGAGGCUCUUGCUCUGUUCCACGCUGUGAAUUUCAGUAAAGAUUUGGGCAUUGAGAAACUAAUGCUUGAAGGGGAUGCGCUGAACAUGGUGACAGGUGUGAAAUCCAAUUUUUUCCACAUGGGGCGUUAUGGACAGAUUUUUAAAGACAUUAAAUCUUUACUUUCCACUUUCCUGAUAUGGGAAUGUCAUCAUGUAUGCCGGUCUGGUAACAGGGCAGCACAUGAGUUGGCCAAAGAGGCCUGUAAGCAAGUCGUGGAGAAGUCUUGGUCUUUCGUUAUACCAAGAUGUAUUCGUGAUAUUGUUUUGACAGAUCAAACUGAACUGCCUAUUUUGUGA